AUGUACAAAUUCCAUAAAUAUUUAUGUAAAUUAACUUAUGAUUAUCCAUUCCAAGAUCCAACAUUACCAAUGGAUAUAAGAUUAGACAAUCUCAUGUCACUGUUAACUCCAGAAGAAAAAAUCAAUAUGUUAUGGAUGGAUGGAACAACACCAGAUGGAGAAUUACCUGAUUUAGCUGUUCCACGUUUAAAUAUUCGUGGAUAUUCUUGGAUGGGACAAGGAUAUGUUUAUCGAUCAGCAUCAAAUGGUUGUAAUAUUAAUUGUUAUAGUUCUGUAACUGAUGGAAAUGUUUCUGUAUUACCACAAGGUACAGGAAUUGCUUCAACAUGGAAUAAAAAUUUAAUUUUUCAAUCUGGUAUUAUGAUUAGUGAUGAAAGCAUGGCAAUACAAUAUAAUUAUAAAAAUAAAAGUAUUGAUUAUAAAACUGGUGCAUCAAGUGUUAUUAAUAUUGCUAGAGAUCCAAGAUGGGGAAGAGUACCAGAAACAUAUGGUGAAUGUCCAAUAUUAACUAGUGAAAUAGCAGUAGCUUUCAAUAAAGGUCUUAUGGGUUAUGCAAAAUUAGAAGAUACACAAUUAGAAUAUGGAAUUUAUAAAGUUAUACCUGUUAUGAGACAUUUUAUUGAUUAUAACGGUCCUGAUAAUGGUAGAUUUAGUUUUAAUGCAAUUAUAUCUGAUGCUGAUUUAAGAAUAACAUAUUUACCUGUAUGGAAAAAAACUUAUUGA